AUGUCUCUUUUGGAGGAUUUUGUUUUUGUCCUCUUCUCCAGCCCAACCACUCUGUUGGGGGCUGUUGCUCUCCUUCUUGUCCUCCAUGUUGUUUCCAGCAGCUUCACCUCACAGAAAACGGGGAAGGAGCCUCCAGGACCGAGGCCUCUUCCCCUGCUUGGCAACCUGCUACAGCUUGAUCUCAAGAGACCCUACAAGACCCUCUGUGAGCUUUCAAAGGAAUAUGGGUCUGUGUUUACGGUUUACUUUGGAACCAAUAAAGUGGUGGUCCUGGCUGGAUACAAGACAGUCAAAGAGGCUCUGGUCAGCAAUGCAGAAGAGUUUGGAGAUCGAGACAUCACUCCAAUAUUUUAUGACAUGAGUCAAGGUCAUGGGAUUCUGUUUGCAAAUGGAGAAUCGUGGAAAGAGAUGAGACGUUUUGCCCUCACCACCCUGAAAGACUUCGGGAUGGGGAAAAGAGUAGCUGAGGAUAAAAUCUUAGAGGAGUGCCGCCAUCUGGUCCAAAUGUUAGAAGAGCAUAAAGGGAAACCAUUUGAUACAGCACGUCCGGCCAAUUAUGCAACAUCCAAUAUCAUCUCCUCCAUUGUGUAUGGCAGCAGGUUUGAAUAUAAUGACCCCCGAUUCAAAGACAUGGUGAGAAGAGUCAACGAGAACAUACGCAUUGCUGGCUCUGCACCAAUCCAGCUUUACAACAUGUUUCCCAGGCUGGCCAGCUGGAUCAAAAACCGGAGGCUGAUAUUAGAAAAUACUGAGAUGACUAUGAGGGAUGUCAAAGAUUUAGUCAACCAUCUGCAAGAGAGUCUGAACCCUCACAUAUGCAGGGGGCUUGUGGACUGUUUUCUGAUUCGGAAGCAGAAAGAAGAGGACUCCCGUGUUCUGAACUCUCACUACAAUGAGGGAAACUUAAUGUUUACGGUGACCAACCUAUUCGGGGCUGGUACUGAUACCACGGCAGCUACGCUGAGAUGGGGUUUGCUGUUUAUGGCCAAAUAUCCACAUAUACAAGACCAGGUCCAGGAGGAGCUGAGCAGGGUGGUGGGAUGCCGCCAGGUCCGGGUAGAUGACCGCAAAAACCUGCCGUACAUCGACGCUGUCAUCCACGAGACCCAGAGAAUGGCCAACAUCGCCCCCCUGGCUAUUCCUCACAAAACCAGCCAAGACAUCACCUUUCAGGGCUACUUCAUCAAAAAGGGGACUACUGUGGUUCCUCUUCUUACUUCUGUCCUGUAUGAUGAGAGCGAAUGGGAGACCCCAAACACUUUCAACCCUUCCCACUUCCUGGAUAAGGAGGGUAAAUUCAUCAGAAGAGAGGCCUUUAUGCCCUUUUCUGCAGGUCGCAGGGUGUGUCUCGGAGAGGGUCUUGCUAAGAUGGAACUCUUUCUCUUCUUCACCUGCCUCCUCCAGCGCUUUCGUUUCACUCCUCCACCUGGAGUUUCAGAGGAGGAACUGGAUCUCACACCGGCUGUGGGCUUUACUCUCAGCCCUUCUACUCAUAAGCUGUGUGCUGUCAGUCGUCAGUGA